UUUCUUAGUACACUUCACUUUGAGAGUUCAACAUUGCUCCAUAAACUUAUUUGUAUCCAUAAUGUCGUUGACACACAAAGCCUUUAUCCUGGUACUUCUGAACUACUGGCAGAUUUUCACAUCAAAAUGCACCCUUGGAACAGAUACACGAUGCUGCGUUCCGACUAACUUCCGGUGUAAAAUGGAUGUCACGGGUGGUUUCCUUACCAACGAUGGCCCACAUUAUGUUGACAGCCAAAUGUCGCUGUACUUUGAUUACGUCACAGAAAGGACGAGGACUGAGACUGCUGUCACACUUCCGAAUGGAGCAACCUUCACGCACACGGAAAUAGCCGAUUUUGCGAAGCACAAAGUGCUCAAAGUAGAUGGCAACCACUGUGUUGAAAGUCAUAUGAAUGCCACCAUUCAAGAGCAGUGUAUCUCUGCUGAUGCAACACUGAUGUCCUCUGGUUACAUUGGAUCUCCUGAGAACCCACUAAAUAUACAGACAUGGCGUUACUCUAUUCCCGGAACUGAUAUCGUUAAUUACCGGAUGUUGACGGAGACCUCUCCCGGGAACUGUAUUCCCGUGCUGCAGGCAGAACAUGGAUUUCUGAAUGGAGCUUAUUCAUCGAUGGCUUACACCAUUUCUGACGUACAUCUUGACGACGCUCCCGCCGCGCUGUUUGAUUCGCCACCACACAUCUGUCGCAAACCAUAAGAUUCCCGGUGGAUGGUGAAGCCAUGAACUUUCUAUAAUCUCUCAGCCAUCACUUGACUGUAUAGGGCCUUUUACAAUUUACAAUGUUACUUUCAAUUAAAGGAGGAAAGACAA